AAUACAGUAUAUUCUGUUUUUUUCCAAUAUCUUUAUUCGAUAUUGUUCAAUUUUCAAGAAUUUCGAAGGAUAUGAAAGGAAACAAUUAAGUAAUACAUCUAUUCUUUUUAUUUAUUAAACUUAUUCUCGUUCUUUCCCGUCGUUAGUUCUAAUGAAGUUUAUAGAGUCGCGCCUGUGUCAAUUGUGCUUCAACCUCCUCUCGAACGUGUAUUCCUAACCUGAAGGGAAACAGCAUUAACGCUUAUUCACGCGACAGCUCGUAUUAGUUGAGCUUGCUGAGAAAGCGAAUUGUCAAUGAAACGACCAUGACGGAAUGGUAUCAAGCGAAGAUUUUGCGCUUAUGCGAAUUGAACAAUAUCGAGGAAAAGAAGGAUAUUCUAACGGAUAUCAAAAUCAAAUUCGGCAGCUUGAAUAAUCGAGAUGCCGAGCAGAUUGCUCGAAACUUGGAUUACGAGCCGCUCUAUUCACAACUAACCUCAAGUGACAGAGAAGUUAUAGAGCAGAUAUGCGACCUGCUGACCAUCUUGUUCAGUGUGUUAGAACCAGGAGAAAUUUAUCAGAGAUAUCUAAUAGAAGUGCCUGCGUUGAUGACUAAUCAAAAUGCUAGCGUGAGGUUGCUUGUACUGCGUGAGUUCUUACGUACAGCUUCGCAUUCGCAAAAGAUAUUCCAGUUGCUCGCAGACACCACUGUCCUGAUUUCUCUUGUAAACAAAAUUGGUGAUAAUGACCUAACAGUCGCCGAAUGUGCGAUGAGUGUAGUGAAGAAACUUGGAGGAAAUCCAAAUGGCUUACACAUUCUGUAUAAGGGUGAACUGCUGAGAACGUUUGCCAGGUUGCUGCAAAACGAUACCAUUAGCUUUCGCGUUUAUGAAGUCAUUGUGGAUAUAGCGAAAACGUCCAGAGAAGCUCUCGAAGUGACAGCCCAGUCAGGUUUCUUGAACAGCUUGAUUAACGUACUGGAGAACGAGGAUAUACUGCUUCAGUUAAAUGCCUUGGAGAUAUUGACUCAAUUAGCGGUAUUCGAGGAGGGGCUCAGUUAUCUAGAACAGCAGGAGGUAUUGAGCAAGCUGGUUCAGAAAAUAGCGCAAGCCAACGAGAAUCACUUGUCAAACCUCUUGAUCCCCGGUUUGAUGAAGUUCUUUGGUAACGUCGCGCGUUAUUGGCCCAACGAGUUGUUCUCGAAAUAUCCCGUAAUAAUUUCUGCGCUAUUCGAGGUGAUAGAUAGCGGAGAUCAGACUAUUAUGGGUCCUGCGUUAGAUACUCUGGGAUUCGUAUCCGUGAGCGUCGAGGGAAAGUACGCGCUGCAAGCUCUAGGGGACGCGAUGCUUGGGGCGCUGAAGAAAAUCGCCGAGAUAGCCCAGAGAAUGCCUACUGCUCUGAGAAUUCGUGGCUUGAACAACCUUGCCCUUAUACUCGAUGUCAAGAAAGUUGAACAAGACAACAGAAUCUUGUCCUUGACGAAGCUGUGGUUCGAUUCGCUGUGCGACGAUCCGUUGGGUAUGAUCAUAGCAAUAUGCAGACAACCGUUCGCCGAUAUCAGACAGGCCGGUCUGGAGGUACUGGCGGUUAUCAGCUGCCAAGUAUGGGGACAAGAGUACAUAUCUACUUAUCCGGGUUUGGUAGAGUUCCUAUUAGAUAGAAAUAUCGAAUCGUUCAAAGAAUGCAAGGAUGCGAAAUACGAAGUUGUGAAAUGUUUGUCGCAAGCGGAGCGAGAUGUAUUCGACGCGGAUACCAUACAGAAGUUCAAGCAGUUCGUUAACGAGGGUCCAUACUUUGUCGAUGUUAAUACAGAAGUUGCGAUAGAGGGUGCUUUGUAAAAGAGGGAAGAGAGUAUUUCGCGUAUCAUAUUCGAUGUUAAUAAUAUUAAAGACUAUGUAAUACAUAUAUAACAUAUAAGUGAGUCUUCAAUAAGAAACAAACUUAAUAUUUAUUCUGCAUUUUUAUUUUUAAAAACGCAUUCAUUUUUGUGAAAUGGUGGGCUUUGUUUACCGUUCGCAUUUAUUACAUACGUGUAGGCCGAUCGUAAAAAACAUAUAUUUACUCUUCCUCUUACUCAUAAUAUGGGUACUUGUUAAUAAAACAGUUUCUUUUUCAAUAUUAAAAGUUACAAUACAAAGAGAAAUAAUUUAUUUUACAUCUAACAAUACACAUAAAAGGGUUUACGUUGUUCAUUCGUGUUUGAGAUAAAUCAAACAAUGUGCGCGGUACUGAUGCAACAUGUACAUAAUAACAUUUGCAACAUGGUACCACUUAUUCGCAGAUAAAAAUAUACGUACGUAUAAUGUGUAAAUAAAAUUGUAUAAAUAAUCGUACGAAUAUUCAGUAUGCGUUAAAUAUAGUUUAGUGUCUAUUGUAUGCGUUUUCGCUUUUUUGGUGCGAGGAUCUUUAGCAUACUGACUACUGGUGCUUCGAAGGUGACUGACACUAUGAAAGAUAAAGCGUAAGACAGCACUAGUUGUCCCAGGAAUGUUAUUAACUGGAAAAUAAAGUGUUUUAUGAUUAUCCAUUAA